CUCCAUCUUCCGCCCUCCUCUUCCUUCCUGUCGAAUACUCGACAGCGUGUCUCCGUCAUAAUGUAUAAGCUCGGUCGCAGCCGGGCUCUGGCCUCUGCCUUCCAGCCUGCCAGGUUCUCUCUCUCCUCUUCCGCCAGAAUCCCUAGCCUUGUACAACAGCAACGGAGACACCUAAGCAUUCACGAGUACCGUUCGGCAGAUCUCCUUCGUCAGUAUGGCAUCGGCGUCCCGCAAGGCUCUGUUGCACACACCGCCGAAGAGGCCAAGGAAGUGGCCAAGCAAAUUGGUGGCGAGGAUAUGGUGAUCAAGGCGCAGGUUCUUGCCGGCGGUCGCGGCAAGGGAACAUUCGACAAUGGACUAAAGGGAGGUGUCCGCGUCAUCUACUCCCCUACCGAGGCCGAGAUGUUCGCCCAGCAGAUGAUUGGCCACAACCUCGUCACCAAGCAGACCGGCGCGGGCGGCCGCCUCUGCAACGCCGUGUACAUCUGCGAACGCAAGUUCGCCCGUCGCGAGUUCUACCUGGCCAUCCUGAUGGACCGCGCCUCCCAGACUCCCGUCAUCGUGUCGUCGUCCCAGGGCGGCGUGGACAUCGAGACCGUCGCCAAGGAGAACCCGGACGCCAUCACCACCACCUACAUCGACAUCAACACGGGCGUCACCGACGAGAUUGCGCGCGGCAUCGCCGUCAAGCUCGGCUUCACCGAGCAGUGCGUCGAGGCCGCCAAGGACACCAUCCAGAAGCUGUACAAGAUCUUCUCCGAGAAGGACGCCACCCAGAUCGAGAUCAACCCGCUCUCCGAGACGUCCGACCACCAGGUCCUCUGCAUGGACGCCAAGUUCGGCUUCGACGACAACGCCGACUACCGCCAGAAGGAGGUCUUCUCAUGGCGCGACGCCACCCAGGAGGACCCCGACGAGGUCCGCGCCGCCCAGUCCGGGCUCAACUUCAUCAAGCUCGACGGCGACAUCGGCUGCCUCGUCAACGGCGCCGGCCUGGCCAUGGCCACCAUGGACAUCAUCAAGAUCAACGGCGGCGCGCCCGCCAACUUCCUCGACGUCGGCGGCGGUGCCACCCCCGCCGCCAUCAAGGAGGCCUUCGAGCUCAUCACCAGCGACGCCAAGGUGUCCGCCAUCUUCGUCAACAUCUUCGGCGGUAUCGUCCGCUGCGACCACAUCGCCCACGGCCUGAUCAACACCGUCAAGGCCCUGGACCUCAAGAUCCCCAUCAUUGCUCGUCUUCAGGGCACCAACGUGGAGGCUGCCCACAGCAUCAUCAACGACUCGGGCAUGAAGAUCUUCUCCAUUGAUGAUCUCCAGAAUGCCGCUGAGAAGGCUGUCCAGCUCUCAAAGAUGGUUAAGCUUGCUCGUGAUAUCGAUGUUGGCGUCGAGUUCACUCUGGGCAUCUAAGGCCCCCUUACCUUCACUUGACGUUCACCUAGCGAAAAGCCGGUUCCACGAAUCGCCGUGUGUAUUAAUUUGGUACCUGGGUUACCUCAUAAACUUGUUCCCUUGGGCUAGGGAAAGGGGAGUGAAUGGGUUGUGCGAUUUUGAAGUUGUGGGUUGGCAAAUAGAGGUGGGUAACUUUCCCUUGUCAUAGCAUCAACGUAUCGCGUCGGCGAUUCUACAAAGUGCCCGGCAAAUCCGUGGCAUAUAAAUCAGAAUCUUCAUUUGCUUUCAA